AUGUUGAACCACACAACAGUCACAGAGUUCCUUCUCUUUGGCUUCCCCUCCCUCCACCAUCAGGAGCACCUCAUGGCAAUCGUUCUCCUCAUUUUGUACCUGGUGAUCUUAGGGGGAAACCUGCUGGUCAUUUCCUUCGUUCUUGCUGAAAGAGACCUCUACAGGCCCAUGUACUUUUUCCUCUGUAACCUCUCCUGUUUGGAGAUCUUCAUUGCAACAUCCAUCAUACUCAAAGCUAUAGGAAAGUUGCUGAUGGGCAGCAAAGCCAUUUCCUACCCAGGCUGCUUAACUCAGUGCUACUUCUACUCCCUUCUGGGCUGCAUUGGGUUUGUCCUUCUGGCUGUCAUGUCCUAUGACCGCUAUGUGGCCAUAUGCCACCCUCUUCAGUACCCCAUGCUCAUGAGCAGUCAACUUUGUCUUCAGCUACUGUUGGGCUCAUGGGCUGCAGACUUCCUGGCCACCACUGUCUCCACUGUCCUGGGGACGCCCUUCUGCAAUGCCAAUCAUAUCAACCACUUCUUCUGUGACAGUGCACUUUUGAUCAAGUUGUCCUGUGCAGAAACACAGACUGUUGAGCUGAUCACCUUUGUGGUCUCAUCCAUCGUCCUCCUGGGUUCACUAAGUAUGACAGCAGUGUUCUACCUUUACAUCAUUAACACCAUACUGAGGUUGCCCUCAGCUUCCUCACGGCACAAAACAUUCUCUACCAGCUCCUCACACUUCUCCAUCAUCAUAUUGGGCUACGGUAGCUGCAUUUUCAUCUAUGUCCAGCCUUCAAGUCACCACAUUUCCUAUAACAAGGCUGUGGCCCUUCUCAACACAGUGGUCACUCCUUUGAUGAGUCUCUUUAUUUUCAGACUGAGG